GUGUGUGCGUGACGUCACGCCCCAUCCCUGCGCAUCCACACCGGCACCAGCGUCCAAAAUGGACGCCGCACGGCUAACGCUAGCGCAUUAGCCGCGUCACAAUGCAACAAAAAAUACACAUAUAAAAUCCAAUAACUUCACAUUCAGACCGCACUUAGCUAAUCUGCACAGCUAACCCGCAUGCUAACCCACGCAGAUCGCGUCUCACACGUCGCUCACAGUCGAGGAUACGAACGCGACCUGCCUGGAUGCUGAGACCCUCUGGACGCUGCUGCGUGAAUGAAUAUGAAUAUGAGCCAAUAUUUCCAUCGUAUUUCAUCACGACGUGACGCAGCAGGAGCGAGGUAUGCGCCCAAACGGAGCGGCGGAGGCUAAUGCUAACCGGGUGCUAACAGACCAGCGGCCGACGGCGGCGCCACCGACGCCGUGAUGUCGCGAUACGAGGAGGAGUCGCGACUCCCGAGGUGGGGGUGGGGAGGAGGAGGAGGAGGAGGAGACCGGGACUCGAACCCUCCCUGCGACGGGUCGGACGCGGACUCGGACCCGGACUCGGACCCGGACAUGUUCUGCUGUCACCGGGCGCGGGACUCGCUGCUGAGCUCGGAGCGGCGCUUCGCCAGCUGCGGGGGGAUCCUCACCUGGACCGUCGUCCUGCUGGUCUUGACCCACGCCCACCUGUUCCUGGAGAACUUUAUCCAACACGGCUUCCUCGUCGACCUCCGGAAGGUUCUGGAUCACGUCGCCGAGGGCGACUGCAGCUCCCCGUCCGUCCGCCUCGUCCUGGGUGAGAGAGAGAGCCCGAGAACCAAUCGGAGAGCUCCUUUCCCGACCCAAUCGCCAGCCUCCUUUCUCUCUCUCUCUCUCUGUCCCCGCCCCUCUGCAGGUUCUAACGUUUUCGCCGUCGCCGCCCUGGUGGUGGAGAGGACCCAGGACAAGGGGAAGGUGUCGCCGCGGGCGGGGCGCUGCCUCCAUGUCGGGAACCUGGUCUUGAUCGCGCUCCUGCCGGCCGCCGUCGUCCUGAAACCCGACACCCGCAUAUCCACAGGUGGAGCCUUACUCUCGGUCUCGAUCUACACCAUACUGGCGAUGAAGCUGUACUCCUACCAGGAGACCAACCGCUGGUACCGGCAGGAGCGAAACGGCGGCCCGGGGAGUAAGGGGCGUGGCUCGGAGGAGGGGGCGGAGACGGCGGACCACCUGACCCUGGGGGACCUCUACUAUUUCCUAUUGGCCCCGACGCUAUGCUACCAGAAGGAUUUCCCGCGAACCCCGAAAAUCCGGAUCCACUUCCUCUUCCAGAAGCUUCUGGAGAUGGUGAUUUUGACGCAGCUGCUGGUGGGAAUCGUACAGCAGUGGAUCGCUCCUAUCUUCCAGAGGUCUGACACCUCUUUCACCAAUAUGGACUUCACAGCGAGGGUGGAGCACCUGGUGGAGCUGGUGGCCCCGAAUCACUUCCUCUGCCUCACCCUCUUCUUCCUCCUCUCCCACUCGUCCCUCAACUUCUCCGCCGAGCUCCUCCGCUUCGGCGACCGCCGUUUCUACGGCGACUGGUGGAACGCCGACAACCUCAAGACCUUCUGGCGCAAGUGGAGCGUUCCCCUCCACAGGUGGAGCCACAGACACCUCUAUACGCCAUUGGUUAGAAGGAGAGUCCCGGCCAAUCAGGCGGAGCUGAUAGCCUUCCUGGUGUCGGCGGGUGUUUGUGAGUACGUGGUGGCCCUCCCCCUCCGGACCUGCCGCCUCUGGGUCUUCCUCCUCAUGGUCGCCGAGCUCCUGGUGGCGGUCAUCUUCGGGCGCCUCUUCGCCGGUAACUGCGGCAACGGCCUGGUCUGGCUCUGCCUCCUCCUGGGCCCGCCCCUCGCCGCGACGACCUACUUCCACGACCAUUACAUCACCGACAAAACCCCGCCCCCCUGGACUCUGCGCUGACUCCUCCCACAGGCUCCGCCCGCCGGAAGGUCGCCCGGUUCGAUUCCGAUUAUAAACGGAUGAAGCUGUAACCCGUGCGAGCGGCUCGGGAAAAGCGCUAACGCUAAACGCUAACAAUGUCAUGCAAUGUGAUGAGUAGGGGGCUGGUGACCGGGAGGUCGCCGGUUCGAUUCCGGCUGUGUGAACGGAUGAAGCUGUGACCCGUGCGAGCGGCUCGGGAUAAGAGCUAACGCUAAACGCUAACAAUGUCACGCAAUGUGCUGAGUAGGGGGCUCGUGACCGGGAGGUCGCCGGCUCGAUUCCAGCUGUGUAAACGGAUAAAGCUGUAACCUGUGUAAGCGGUACAAUGACAUGCUUUGGACCGAAGUCCCAGAAGGAUAUGGGUUCCGAGCCCACUUUCAAAGCUGGUAUAGUUACACUUCAUCACUGUCUAAGGUGCAAAUAUAGCUACAAUCAAACAACGAAAAAGAAAUCUAGGUGUGUGUGUGUGUGUGUGUGUGUGUGUGUGUGUGUGUGUGUUGGACAGAGAACAGUGUGUCUGGAAAAACCCGUGACACCGGAAUGUCAUAUAACGCGACCUUUGCUCUCUAAUAAAAAGACUUAUAACCUU